UUCUAUAAAAGAAGACCAAAAUUCAAGAGAGAACCACCAAUGAGAAUUACUUAACACAGUAAAUUAGCAAAAAAUUGAGAACUAAAGUUGUGAGAUGGCGCAAGUGAAGUUGCUGGGUCUUCGGUAUAGCCCAUUUAGUCACAGAGUUGAGUGGGCUCUAAAGCUUAAGGGCGUGAAAUAUGAAUUUGUAGAAGAAAAUUUACAAAACAAGAGCCCUCUGCUUCUUGAAACCAACCCUGUUCACAAGAAAAUCCCAGUGCUAAUUCACAAUGGCAAACCCAUUUCUGAGUCUCUGGUCAUUCUUGAAUACAUUGAUGAGACAUUUGAAGGCCCUUCCAUUUUGCCUAAAGACCCUUAUGAUCGAUCUUUAGCUCGUUUCUGGGCUAAGUUCCUUGACGAUAAGGUGACUGUAAUAGUGAAUACUUUCCUUCGCAAAGGGGAGGAACAAGAGAAAGCUAAAGAGGAAGUUUGCGAGAUGCUGAAAGUUCUUGAUAAUGAGCUCAAGAAUAAGAAAUUCUUUGUGGGUGACAAAUUUGGGUUUGCUGAUAUUGCUGCAAAUUUGGUGGCAUUUUGGCUAGGAGUUUUUGAAGAAGCCUCUGGAGUUGUUUUAGUGACAAGUGAAAAAUUUCCAAAUUUUUCGAAGUGGAGAGAUGAGUACACUAACUGCAGCCAAGUCAAGGAAUCUCUACCUCUAAGAGAUGAGUUGCUUGCUUUUUUCCGAGCUCGUUCUCAAGCUGCUACAGCUUCUGCUUCCGCUCCCAAAUGAACAGAUUCACAUACAUUUUAUGAAGUUUCGAGAUUAUGUGUCAGAAUAAAAUUGUGAAUCUAGGACGAGUUUUAUAGAUUCAAUUAUGUAUACUUAUGCAAAAGAAAAUUUUUUUUAUAUAAGAUUAAACUCGUUCAGAAUUAAUGA